AGUCCGUACUAUUCGGAAUGUUGGAGUCGGACACUCUCACUGCUGAUUCAAUUAUGUCUUCCUUUCUCCUUCUCUCUCUUCUCCAUUCCUCACGAUUCACGAGUCACUGACUCACUGACUCACUCCCCUCCCCCUCCUUCUACUAUCAUCUGCUUCUCUACGCAACUUGCCUUUGCUUUGAUUUUUGCAAUUAUCUUCCCCAUCACCAUUUUUUUACUGCUUAUUUUCACAUUCCUAUUUAUGGCUCAUCUUUCUUCUUAGCCUCUUUUAGGGUAUCCUUUUCUACAGUUCCUACUUUUUUUUAAAAUUUUUUUUUCUAUUCUUCCUUCAUCUUCUUCGCUGUCGUUUUUGAUCAGUAGUGGAAGAUGGAUCGGAGUCGACUAAACAGAGCUCGUUGCUCCGGUUCUAUCCCAUCAGAAGAAUCUAUGUUGGACCUUGAAAGGAACUGUUGUGGCCAUCAUAAUUUUCCUUCUUUAAGUCCACCACUUCAGCCCUUUGCAUCAUCCGGGCAGCAUUCUGAAAGUAAUGCAGCGUAUUUCUCAUGGCCUGCCUCCUGUCGAAUAAGUGAUGCUGCUGAAGAGCGAGCAAACUACUUUGCAAAUCUUCAGAAAGGUGUUCUCCCAGAGACUCUUGGUAGGUUACCUCAAGGACAACAGGCAACCACUCUGCUUGAACUAAUGACAAUACGGGCCUUUCACAGCAAAAUCUUACGAUGUUAUAGUCUGGGCACCGCGAUUGGUUUUCGCAUCAGAAAGGGUGUACUGACUGAGAUACCGGCAAUCCUUGUAUUUGUUUCGAGGAAGGUGCACAAACAAUGGUUGACUCCCAUUCAAUGUUUACCUACUGCUUUGGAGGGACCGGGAGGUGUAUGGUGUGAUGUUGAUGUUUUAGAAUUUUCUUAUUUUGGAGCUCCAGAGCCUGUCCCUAAGGAGCAACUUUACACUGAGAUUGUGGAUGAUCUACGUGGGAAUGACCCAUGUAUUGGUUCAGGUUCUCAGGUGGCAAGUCAAGAAACGUAUGGAACCCUGGGUGCUAUCGUGAGAAGUCAAACUGGAAGCCGACAAGUUGGCUUUCUGACAAAUCGUCAUGUAGCAGUUGAUUUAGAUUAUCCAAGUCAGAAGAUGUUUCAUCCCCUACCUCCAAAUCUUGGCCCUGGAGUUUAUCUGGGUGCUGUGGAGAGGGCUACAUCCUUUAUCACAGAUGACUUGUGGUAUGGCAUUUUUGCUGGAAUGAAUCCAGAGACAUUUGUGAGAGCAGAUGGAGCAUUUAUCCCCUUUGUGGAUGAUUUUGAUAUGUCAACCAUAAGUACGUCUGUGAAAGGUGUAGGGGAAAUAGGAGAUGUGAAGCACAUAGAUUUGCAGUCUCCUAUAAAAAGCUUGAUUGGGAAAAGAGUUAUGAAAGUUGGUCGAAGUUCUGGCCUGACAUAUGGAGUUGUAUUAGCCUAUGCACUUGAGUACAAUGAUGAGAAGGGUAUUUGCUUCUUGACUGAUUUUCUUGUUGUUGGUGAGAACCAGCAAACCUUUGACCUUGAAGGAGAUAGUGGAAGUUUGAUUAUGUUAGUAGGAGAAAAUGGGGAAAAGCCACGUCCUAUUGGCAUCAUAUGGGGUGGAACUGCUAAUCGUGGCCGUCUGAAACUAAAAGUUGGCCAUGCACCUGAGAAUUGGACAAGUGGGGUUGAUCUAGGACGUCUUCUUAAUCUACUUGAACUUGAUAUCAUUACAACCAGCCAAGGCCUCAAAGAGGCAGUUCAAGAACAAAUGGCUGCAUCUGCAACAGCAAUGAUUUCCGCAGUCGACGAUUCCUCUCCUCCCGAUGCACUUCCAUUGGACAAAAACAAAGAGGAUUUCCAGCCUUUGGGACUUCAAAUACAGCAUAUACCUGUGCAAAAUGGACCUCCCAGGCCAGAUAUGAAUUCAUCGGCAGUAAUGGACACCGACCUUAAUCUAGAAGAUGGCGUAAAAGUGAGCCCAAAUGUCGAGCAUCAGUUCAUUCCUAGCUUCAUCAGGCCGUCUUUACUUCAUAAAAUCGAUCAAGAGGAGAUGAAAGUGUCUGAAAAUCUCUCGGCUUUAAGGAACGGUUCCGAUGAAGAUCUGUGUGUCUCGUUGCAACUCGGUGACAAUGAGCUGAAAAGAAGGCGCUCGGAUGCUUCUACGAGCUCGGAUGAGCCUAUUAAGCAGAAAGUAUAGCUUUAGCUGCAUGUAUUGUGAUUUGUUUAGUGUUUGUCCAGGAUCUAAUGGUGGUGUAAAGCUUUAAUUAUGCCAACACCAUCAUAGUUAAUAUUGCUUAUGAGAUGUUAUUAAUACUUCUCAAUGUAAAUUGGCCUUAUGAUGCACUAGUAAAGAUCAAUAAUUGAUCUUUUAUUUUUGGGAAAUUAUCUAUCAAAUUAUCAGUUAUGAUGGUAAAUGGUAUUUAGAUUACUCUAUUAAUCUAAAUAAACUUGAUGCUUGUACUUUACCAGCUUAAUGUUAUGAUAAACAUUAAUAUUUUAGUCUUGUA